CCCCAACCCCCUCUUCCACCAUGGCUUCCAGCUCACCCACGAAGCUAAACGGCCAUGCUCCGCCCCUCCACGACAUCAGGAUUCACAUUGUCGGCGCGGGGAUGGGCGGCAUGGGUUCCGCCCUCUCGCUCGCUCGCCAAGGGUUUACCAACAUCACGGUGUGGGAGCAGGCGCUCUACCUCGAUGAGGUGGGGGCGGGGAUCAACAUCCCACCCAACUGUGGGCGGAUCUUGUCGCGUUGGGGAGUGAUGGGCAUUUGCAAGGCGGAAGGCGUCGCUAUGGAGCGGGCAAAUGUCAUCGAUUGUGAGACCGACGAGGUGAUCUCUUCGGCGGGUUACUCUCAGCACAUGAUCCACGACUACGGCUUCCCAUUCAUCACGGUUCACCGUGCUGCCCUCCAGAAGUCGCUCGUCCGCGGGGCCCUUGACACCGGGCGCGUGCAGUUGAUCACGGACCAGGUAAUCACCGAGUACGACUUUGACAAGACCCGCUUGCGGGUGCGCGACAAUGACACAGACGAGAUGGAAUGGGUCGACGCGGACGUCAUCAUUGCCGCAGACGGCAUCAAGAGCAAGGCUCGAGGGGCCAUGUAUUCCAAGAUCGGAAAGGUAGACGAGGUCGACGACUCUGGUCAGGCCGCGUACCGCAUCAUGGUCAAAAAGAGCGCUGUCCAGGACGACCCCGAACUGCUGAAGUUCUUCUCGAGCAAGCAAUCAUUCCGCUGGAUUGGAGAGAACCGCCAUGUGAUGGGCUAUCCCAUCAACGCUGGCGAGCUCUUCAAUAUCUCGACAUCCCAGCCCGACGGGCACUUUGUGGCGGCCGAGUCGUGGACAGCCCUGGGUAACAAGUCUGACAUGCUCGCAACGUUCUCCGACUUCCCCGACCGCGUGCAGCGACUGCUUGCUGCGGUGCCAGAACACCAGGUCCUCGAGUGGCGUCUGCGAGUGCACAAGCCGCUCCCAGUGUGGGUUACGGGCAACAUUGCUUUACUGGGCGACGCUUGCCACCCUACACUUCCUCACCUAGCGCAGGGCGCGGCGCAGGCUCUGGAGGAUGCCGUCGCGCUUGGUGUUGUCCUCAGCCGUAUCAAGAAGAAGGAGCACAUUCACGCAGCUCUGAUGGUGUACCAGAAGCUGCGCAAGCCACGCACAGACUGGGCCGUGAACAUGGCGGCUGCCAACUCACUCGCGCUGCACCAGGACAAGAAGACGCGCGAGGCUGCCAUCAAGGCUGCGCGGGAUGGUCUGGCCGGCGAGUCUGGCGAAGUUGUUGUCGACAAGCUGGCUUCCCGUGAGCUGCACGACAAGCUCUUCAAGUACGACAUUGCGCUGGAAGCCGAGCAACACUUCUCGCAAAUGCUCACGGAGGAGCUCAUGGGCGCCGUGUCCAUCUCGUAAGGGUGCUCCUUCCAGUUCCAGGGGUAGCCUGCCGUCUUAGAUCCUCUACAUACGCAUAUCUAGCAUGUAAUGUAUCCUACUGUUCAGCG